AAAGAGGAGAAGAUAUUUUUUAUUUUUGCUUUUACUUUUUAAAGUUCAUUUACGGAGAGGAGUUUUCGCUUAAAUCAAUUGCUCACCUAGCCAAGCAUGGUAAAGCAAUGCAUCGGUCUAGCAUUGACACUCAAGCUGUUUCUUCGCAAUCACCGCUACUCAAGAAUACUGGACGGAUCAGGAAUAGGUUCGACGCUGCUGAUGCAGAGAAUCCUCAUGGACACAUAUGUGAUGAAUGUAGACUGAUGAGGAAAUCUCCAGAUGAGCCCCUUGGAAGAGACAUAAAUCCGGUAAAAAGCACCAGUCAAGAGGUUGCCUCCUCGACAGAUGGGAAGUCUUCCAGCUGGCAGCUUGUCACAUUUUCAACACCGCCAGGACGAGAGAAACAUGGAUCACCUCGUGCACCUUUCAUUCCUACCCUUCAAGACUUCAAGACUUCAGGAUCACCUUUAGGAAUAAAGCGCAACUCUUUUACCACAAACUAUGCCGAGAGUUCUGGUCAUGGAACUCGCCCACUGGAUCGAGAAGUCCUAGACAUGGAGAGUCAGUCUGCUACCAAUCACCCAGCCAUGAAUAGUCGACGGUUCUCAUUGAGCACACAACAACAGCAAUUAGGUGUACGACGCUCGUCCUCUAGUGGCAUACCAAAUAUGUUUUCGGAAGAGUCAAGGUAUUCAAUUUCAGGCUUAUCUGGAGUCGAGUUUUCGCAAGGUUCAAUAUCUCCCAAUUUAUUUGCAGAUCGUGAUUUAGAAGGUUUAGGGCCGAGAAGCGCUAGUAAUAGUAAUAGCGAUGUUACUGGAGAAGGGCAAUCAGCACGUCGCAAGAGAGCUUCAACCUUUGACGGUGGUCUUUUACUUUUUGCUGGCCAAGAGACCAAUGUGGCACAAGAUGAUCUCGAUGCAAAAGCGCAUAUGGAGGAUUUGACCAGUGAUGAUGAUGAGGAUGAAGAGUCGGGAAUCGUUAAUAAUCUAACUAAACCAUCAUAUACAGCAGUGCUCGCACCAACCAAUGCAACUGAGCCUCAGAUAUGCCAGAUAUGCCACCGGCCAUUUCUUGCCGAACCAAAUCAGACCAAAUCAGAAUCGCGUGUAACAGAGAGUCAGCUUGGGCCUUUAAAGUCACCUAUACCCGUUAAUUCUGAUUCCUUGAACAUCCCUCAACAGCCGAUGGCUAUCAGUCCAAAGGCUGCUCUUGAACGCUUAAGAGCUUCUGAUACCCUAUUUCCUAAUGAUGCGGGAUAUGACGGCCACCGUCACCACAGCGGCAGGCAUAGAAUUCAUGAGGCGGAUCGCGAUGAAGCCAUGUUCCAACUGGAGAUCGAUGAUCAACUCCCUUAUAGGUCAAUAGCAGAUCAAGAUUGCUUGAAUACGCCCUGUUUUGCGGGGCCUGGAUGUCAAGAAAGGGUAACGAGUGUAACAGGAAACUCAUCAGCUGCGGAUGAGAUCGGGGCUAUUGAAGAGGAUGGAAAUGAGAGCUUCUGGGAAGAGACGUCGACUAUGGAUUAUGGGUACAGUCCUGGAAGUAUAUUGAAUGGAUUCGAAUCUGGCUUGACAAAAGUUGAUAGUCGUAUGUCUAGGGAAACUCCAGGCUUGAAGCAUGGAGCUGAAGACGAGGAUGAUGUUGAAGAAGAGGAUGAUGACGAUGACGAUGACUGCGUUGCUAGUUUGACUUCUCGCCAAGGUAGCCAUAAAAUGAGUCAUGAGCAUGACCAUAUUUUUAUGCCAUCAUUAAAGGGCGUCUUUUCAAACUCUGAGAGGGUAGCUGAGGGACGAAAUGGACGACAAGACCACGCAUAUGUCGCUGGCGAAUCCGGAUCCUCAGCAGCAGACACCAGACAUCCCUUAAGCACAACCUCGAAUAAAGAUCAUGUUAAUGUCGACUUUGAUCAAAAUCAAAGCACCACCUCCUCAGAAACCUCCAGGCCACUGACAAGGCGCCAAAAGCUCAAGCAGCUCCGAAGACUCUUCAUGGACAUCCGGAACGAGAUAGGAGAUGGAAGCCGAUCGCCUAGCCGACCAGUUCCUGAGAGCAAAACUUUCAGAGCGACGUCCCUAAGUUCAGCAACUGAAGAAGAUGACGACAGUAGCGCUUCAUUCAGAGCAGAAUCAUUUUCGGAUGACUCUUCAUAUCAAUAUCGCUCGUCUAAUGCUGCAACAAUAGUGUCCGCACAUCGGCAAGGAUCUGCGACGAAUCCCCCCUCAGUAUCUCUUGCUAAGAGCCAUGAUUUUGAUCCGAACUUGCCCUCCUUUUCUCAUGGAUUAUCCUCAACGCGACAAAAUGUUGGCUCUUUUAAAAUGCCGUCGGGCACUAGACCACAGCAACAGCAACAGACCUCACGAUGGUCACAACAAACUCAAAAGAGCCUGAUCGCUCCACCGUCCAGCGGCCGUAAGAGUCCAUUUGAAUGGGCUGCAGCAGCGGCAACUUCUGCAGCAGCAUCAAUAAGCUCUUCGGCAUCAGGCAUUAUUACUGGAGGCUUUGGUCAUGUUGGAUCAUCUACGUCUUGCGCUGAUCAUAGUUCAUCUCUGGACAGAGCAGGUCGACGUGCUCAUCACACGACACCACAGUUACAGGAAUAUACCUCCCCAACCGGGUCGAACCAUUACAACCGACAAUUCACCCUUUCCUCAGCAUAUAAUCAAUAUCAACAACCACAGCAGUGUGAAGGCAACUUCAGCCAAAGAAAGGACUCCAUCCCAGAAACGACGCCUAUAGAUGACUUUCAAGAAGUUAUGGCGCCAUCCACAACGCUAAACAUGAUUGAAAGGGAGGGACAAGCAGGUAGUGGUAUCGGCACCAGUAGUCGUAGUGACCGUGCACCAGGAUAUCGGAGGAGGUCAUCACUUGGGUUGACCCCGACGACAUCGUCCGCUACAUCAGCUUCAAGAAUACGUGGGGAAACCGAGAAUUCAAACCGAUGGGAGUGGCCCAUUUUCGUUUAGCAACAAAUCCUUAUUACUUUAGUUAUCAAAGCAUUUAGUAAGAUGAACUAUACCAUGCCUCUAAUUAUAUUAUUCUACACAAACAGUAAAUAAGUGUAGCGCUACAGUUGGGUCAUUUUGAAGCUGAUGGCAAGCAAGCGUGAAAGAAAUAUCACUA